GCUCCACAUCAGCAGGAGGGGCGAGGUGGCUGAUCCGCCGGUAUCAUGGCUUCCUAACAUUGAGAGGAAAACAACCAUUUUGCUCGAAUGCCCGACAGAUUAUCGCCCUUCACCAGAACAUUGGAUUGAGACAGAGGGUCUCGCCCCUCGCCCCCUUUCUCCCCCCUAAGGCCGCCCCUAGGCUCCAGGAUAUACUUUUUUUUUUAUUGUAUUGGUGAAUUUCCAUUCGUAAACCCGCUGAAGAUGGCCGACCCGGCGGAGUGCACCAUCAAAGUGAUGUGCCGCUUUAGGCCCCUGAACAGCUCCGAGGUGGUGAGAGGAGACCGAUACAUUCCCAAGUUUCAAGGGGAAGAGGACGUUAUUAUCGGGGGCAAACCGUACAUGUUCGACAGAGUGUUUCAGUCGAACACCACACAAGAACAGGUUUACAACGCCUGCGCCCAGAAGAUUGUGAAAGAUGUUCUGGAGGGAUACAAUGGGACAAUUUUUGCAUACGGCCAAACGUCAUCUGGCAAAACGCACACCAUGGAGGGGAAUCUCCAUGACACGGAUGCAAUGGGCAUCAUCCCCCGGAUAGUUCAAGAUAUCUUCAACUACAUCUACUCCAUGGAUGAAAACCUGGAGUUCCAUAUCAAAGUUUCAUAUUUUGAAAUUUACUUAGACAAGAUCCGGGAUCUUUUGGAUGUGUCGAAGACCAACCUGUCGGUGCACGAAGACAAAAACAGAGUCCCGUACGUCAAGGGCUGCACUGAGAGAUUUGUCUGCAGCCCCGAUGAGGUCAUGGAUACGAUCGAUGAGGGCAAAUCAAACCGACAUGUAGCAGUCACCAACAUGAACGAGCACAGCUCCAGGAGUCACAGCAUCUUCCUGAUAAACGUCAAACAGGAGAACACUCAGACAGAGCAGAAGCUCAGCGGCAAACUCUACCUGGUGGAUCUGGCUGGCAGUGAAAAGGUCAGUAAAACGGGAGCAGAGGGAUCUGUGCUGGAUGAAGCCAAGAACAUCAACAAGUCUCUGUCGUCUCUGGGAAACGUCAUCUCCGCUCUGGCCGAAGGAACGGCCUACAUCCCCUACAGAGACAGCAAGAUGACCCGUAUCCUGCAGGACUCUCUGGGUGGUAACUGUCGAACCACUAUUAUCAUCUGCUGCUCGCCUUCCUCCUACAAUGAGUGCGAAACCAAAUCCACCCUCAUGUUCGGACAAAGAGCAAAGACCAUCAAGAACACGGUCACCGUGAACGUUGAGCUGACGGCGGAGCAGUGGAAGCAGAAAUAUGAGCGGGAGAAGGUGAAGAAUACGACCCUGAGGAACACCGUCACCUGGUUGGAGAACGAGCUCAACCGCUGGAGGAACGGUGAAAGCGUGCCGGUGGAGGAGCAGUUCGACAAGGAGAAGGCCAACGCCGAGGUGCAGGCCCUGGACAACAUAAUCAACGAGAAGCAGGCCUCCACGCCCAACGUGCCGGGCGUCCGCCUCACCGACGUGGAGAAAGACAAGUGUGAGGCCGAGGUGGUCAAGCUCUACAAACAGCUGGACGACAAGGACGAGGAAAUCAACCAGCAGAGCCAGCUGGCUGAGAAGCUGAAGCAGCAGAUGCUGGACCAGGAUGAGCUUCUAGCCUCCUCCCGCCGCGAUCACGAGAACCUCCAGGCGGAGCUGAACCGCCUGCAGGCGGAGAACGAGGCCUCCAAGGACGAGGUGAAGGAGGUGCUGCAGGCUCUGGAGGAGCUCGCCGUCAACUACGACCAGAAGAGCCAGGAGGUGGAGGACAAGACCAAGGAGUUUGAGGCCAUCAGCGAGGAGCUGAGCCAGAAAUCGUCCAUCCUGUCCUCUCUGGACUCUGAGCUUCAGAAGCUAAAGGAGAUGUCCAACCAUCAGAAGAAGAGGGUGACCGAGAUGAUGUCGUCGCUGCUCAAAGACCUCGCUGAGAUCGGCAUCGCCGUGGGCAGCAAUGACAUCAAGCAACACGAGGGCAGUGGCCUGAUAGACGAGGAGUUCACCGUGGCCCGCCUCUACAUCAGUAAGAUGAAGUCAGAGGUGAAGACCAUGGCGAAGCGCUGCAAGCAGCUGGAGGGAACCCAGUCAGAGAGCAACCAGAAGAUGGACGAGAACGAGAAGGAGCUGGCUGCCUGCCAGCUGCGCAUCUCCCAGCAUGAGGCGAAAAUCAAGUCCCUGACGGAGUACCUGCAGAACGUGGAGCAGAAGAAGAGGCAGCUGGAGGAGAACGUGGACUCUCUGAAUGAGGAGCUGGUGAAGCUCAGCGCUCAGGAGAAAGUCCACGCUAUGGAGAAGGAGAGUGAGAUCCAGACUGCCAAUGAAGUCAAGGAGGCGGUGGAGAAGCAGAUCCACUCUCACCGCGACGCUCAUCAGAAGCAGAUCAGCAGCCUGAGAGAUGAGCUGGACAAUAAGGAGAAGCUCAUCACCGAGCUGCAGGAUCUGAACCAGAAGAUCAUGCUGGAGCAGGAGAGGCUCAGAGUGGAGCACGAGAAGCUCAAAUCCACCGACCAGGAGAAGAGCCGCAAGCUGCACGAGCUCACGGUGAUGCAGGACAGAAGGGAGCAGGCCAGGCAGGACCUGAAGGGUCUGGAGGAGACUGUGGCCAAGGAGCUGCAGACUCUGCACAACCUGAGGAAGCUCUUUGUCCAGGACUUGGCUACCAGAGUGAAAAAGAGCGCUGAGAUGGACUCUGACGACACCGGCGGCAGCGCGGCACAGAAACAGAAAAUUUCCUUUCUUGAGAACAAUCUUGAGCAACUCACCAAGGUUCACAAACAGCUGGUACGUGACAAUGCAGACCUGCGCUGUGAGCUUCCGAAACUGGAAAAACGCCUUCGCGCUACGGCUGAGCGGGUCAAGGCCCUUGAGUCUGCUCUGAAGGAGGCCAAAGAGAACGCCGCCCGUGACCGCAAGCGCUACCAGCAGGAGGUGGACCGCAUCAAGGAGGCCGUCCGGGCCAAGAACAUGGCCAGGAGGGGACAUUCGGCCCAGAUCGCCAAGCCCAUCCGGCCCGGGCAGCAGCCGGUGGCGUCUCCCACCCACCCAAACAUCAACCGCAGCGGGGGGGGCUUCUACCAGAACAGCCAGACGGUGUCCAUCCGGGGAGGAGGCAGCAGCAGCAGCAGCAGCAUCGCAGGCGGAGACAUUAAGCACGAGAAGAACUAAGAGCGACGGCACUGAAGGACGACACCACUGAAGAAGCCGAUAUCGCCCCAUCUGACAACGCGUCAUUCCAGGACAGCGGACAAGCUCCUCGUCGCUGCUUUGGAGCCACGAAGAAGUCUCUGAAAUAUGACUAUAUUUAUAUAUAUAUAUAUAUAUAUAUAUAAAUUUUCCCGGCCUGUACAGCUCCAUCCACUCCCGCCCCCCAAUUCUCAUCAUGACUUAACUCUUUUCCUCCUGGAUGUAAUAGUAUUAACAAUAAAAACAAAAAAACAAAAAAAAGAACAUUGAAUUUACAAAAGGCAAGAUAAUAUUCGUAUCCACGAGCACCUCAAACGUGGAGCCUGGGCUUCUCUUUUUUUUGUUUUUGCACUAUUGUCAUCCGUGGUGGUCGUCGUCGUGCGAGUGGUUCUGCACUGUGACAACAAACAAAUGAAAACACAAGCUAAAAAUGAUGAGAUGAGAAAAACAAGGAGACCCAGCUCGGCCCUGUAGGCCAACCUCUACGGUUCAUCGCUGAAUGGAAACCGCAAGAGGAGGGAUUAAAUAUAAAAACCCACAACGUGCGACAGCGUAACUGUAGAUUUAUUUAGCUAAACACCUGUCGAGGCCAACUGUUUAUUUUAAAAUAAAACCUGUACUCACUGCUGGUGACUUGAUGAGAAGGAUGUAAAGAAUGUAGGUGGGGAGGGAGGAAGAGGAUGAUCCGGUCAACACAAGACGCGCACACACUUAGCACAGCCCAUGCUACGUAGCUAUAUGUGCUUUGGCCACUGGUCUCAGUGGUUUGUGCCGCUGGGAGCUCUCAGACUGAGAUGUCACACACGGGCGGCUUCUCGCGUCGCCACUUUCCUUCAUUUCAUGAUUUUUCUCCAGGGAUGCCCCGCCUCUGUUGUUCUGGGGGGGGGGAUUCUCCUUUCUUUCUUUCUUUGGUCUUCCCUCCCUCUCACUUGGUUGUUUCCAAGAGAUUUUAGGACCUGUAACUGUGCGUGCCCUUUUUUGGUUGUAAGUUUGCAGAAAGCAAUGCGUUUCGCUGGGUUUCUAUGUACUGUAUCUCUGUUGUUGUUCCAUUGAUGCUUGAUUGGGGGGGGGGGGCGCUGACCCUUGCUGCUGAUCAGCCAGUCAGGGGAGAGCAGGGUCUAUGAUUGCACAACCAUCAAACUAAAUCUAGUCGAGGGUUUUGGGAUUCAUUAUAUUUUAUUGUCUUUGUUGUGAUUUUUAAUUCCCACCUUGUUUUUGUUUUUUAACCCGGUAAAGCUCCGCUGCAUCGGCCAAGAGCCCGUUGGGAUUGUCAGCCCGGCUUGACGACACUUACCAUCUCGCGCAAGUGCAAUACACUGAAAAGAAUACACUGUAUGUCAGGAUGGGUUUGCAGCCCCCACCUCCCCCACUCCUCUUGAUUGUUGCUUACCUUUGGCCCCCUGUAGGACUAGAAAAGCUAGACGGUGACUCGGCAGGUCUAUCGCUCGCAGCAGAGGAGACAUCGGAUGCGUCAAAAAGCUUUUAGAAAGUUUCUAACUACAGCCUGUUUUUGCUGAGACUAGUGCAACAACUCUAGCUUAAAAAAAAAAAAAAAAAAAAAAAGGCUGGGGGGAGGGGUUGAUUUCUCUCCAUCGGUGUCUGCUGUUAACGGGAGAGUCGGUUUGAUGGCACUUCUUCACCUCGUGUGCACUCCGUGUGUGGCUGUUUCUGGUUUAUUCCCUCUGUGUAAUCUUCAACAUUAGUUAAGACUUUGCAGCAUGGACCUCAACAUGUUUAUCCUUUGACCUGUCACCAAAACUGGACGUGAAAUGAGGGAGGGGGAGUGGAGGUGUAACUGAUAAUAAAGAACCCAGCAAAGAAUAGUAAAGGUGUUGACCUGAAUUGGAUCGCCCAUUAAUUCUAAAUUUGAAAACAAAGUGUAGCCACUUUUUUUUAUUACUGUGUAAUAGUUGGUCAUUUUUUAGAGGGUUUUGAGGAUCCAUCAGUGGACAAGGUACUGGAUCAUUCCUGGACAACUGGGACGCAAAGAGCAAAGACUUGAGAUGGGAAGUUCAUGACAUCAGUUUUGGAUUGAUUGCAUGAUGUAAAUGUAUGUGUGAUUAAAUAAUUAUGAGAAAGCA